AUGCAGCCUGUCUUCACCAAACCGUCUGGGACUGGGGCUCGUUUUGGUCGAGUGGAUGAAAAUGGUCCAAGCCUGAAACCGGUUUUCCUGAACGGAGGCCCCUGGAUCCUGGAGGUCUCGUCAGAUGCCAGCUGGCUCUGGCCCCUGUCCUUCCAUAAGGAAUGUUUCCUCUGGCACAGGGUGGAACAGCGGGAACAGGAACUAGAGCUGAGAGCCUCCACCUGCAUCGGCCUGGACCCCACCCAGCAACACAACCCACUCAGAGCAUCACAACACUUGCUAACCAGCAACACAACUAAUGCACACUGA